AUGUCAGCUCAGGCUAUUUCAAAAUUAGAUUCAAAAUCAACUACAGAAAUCGUUAGUCCAUGUUUUAAAACUUCUUUGGCUCCACGUAAACGUGCUAAAACCGAUGAAGAAAAAGAACAACGUAGAGUAGAAAGAAUCUUGAGAAAUAGACGUGCAGCUCAUGCUUCAAGAGAAAAAAAGAGAAAACUUCUUGAAUCUCUUGAAGAAAAUUAUAAGAAAUUAUCAUCAAAUUUUGAAUUGGUUUAUAAUUUAUUAACAGAAAAUCAAAAACAAUUAAUUCAAGAUAAUUUAUUACAAAUUGAUGAAGUACAAAGUAAUUCAAAUAUUAAGAAAAGAAAAUUAUCAACUACUACUAUUACUUCAACUACAAAUUCAUCAUCAUCACCGUCAUCAGAAGAAGAAAGUUCAAAUUUAAAUUUAUUUACUCCUCCAUCAACAUUAUUAUCACCACCUGAAUUGGAAAUUUCAGAUUAUCAAGAUGUUAAAAUUGGAUAUCAAAAUGAGGUUCAUCCAGCACGGAUGAGUCUUGUGACGCUCUGCUCUGUAGCAUAGAAGCAUCACAAUGGUCUGCAGAACCUUUUGAUGUUUCUAAUUUUAAACUUGAUGAUAUUAAUGAUAUUGAUAACAAUAAUGAUAUUAAUGAUAUUGAUAAUAAUAAUAAUAAUAUUAAUAAUAAUAAUGAUAAUAAUGAUGAUAAUAAUGGGUUUUUAGAUGAGUUUUUGGAUUUUAAUGGUGAAUUUAAUUUUUAA